UUGACACUAACGAUUCAUUUGUUCGUGGUUCAUGUCAAGAACACGUGGAGAGGUUAUGUUGUUACAGUAUUUUAAACAAAUUUUCGAAUUUAAAUAAGUAAAACUCAACUUAUAAACCAUGUCUUCGUGGAAGAAGGCCGCUAAGGCCAACCAGAAGACGCACAAAGAGCGUCAUCAGCCAGAAUCUAGAAAACAUUUAGGUUUACUGGAGAAGAAGAAAGAUUAUAAGAAACGAGCUGAUGAUUACCAUGAAAAAGGGGAAACUCUUAAACUUUUAAGGAAAAGGACGCUUGACAAAAAUCCCGAUGAGUUCUACUUUCAUAUGAUCAAUUCUCGAGUUAAAGAUGGGGAGCAUCAUGAAGUUGAGAAAGAGGAUGAGCACAGCAAAGAACAGGUGAAGUUGAUGCAGACACAGGACCUCAAGUACAUCAACAUGAAGAGAACCAUUGAGAGCCGUAGAAUUAACAGACUACAAGCUCAGCUCCACAUGACAGAUGUGGCAGAAGUGACUCCCAACACACAUACAUUCUUUGUGGAAGAGGGAGAAGAGAAAGACUUUGACCUUGCAAAGAGACUGGACACACAUCCUGCUCUAUUGGGCAGAAAGUCCAACAGGCCUCGACUGUCGGACCUGGAUAAACUAAGUUUACCUGAUAUUAGUGACGAGGCACUGGAAUCAAUGAAGAAGAAAAAACAGAAGAUUUACAGUGAGCUGUCAAAGAGAAUAGAGAGGGAGAAGGAGUUGACUGUAAUACAGCAGAAGAUGGAGUUAAAACGCCACCUACAGGAUGUCAAGAUAAUGAAACCAAAGAGGUUAAAGCCUGGUACUAAGAGUUCAGCUCCUGUAUAUCAGUUCCAAUAUAUGAGAAAAAAGUAAAAUGAGUUUUUUU